AUGUUGUCGCUGGUUGAGGAUGGCGGUUACGGCUGGGUCAUCAUCUUUGUCUGCUUCGUCCACACAUUCUGGAUCAAUCUCUGGGUUGGAUCAUGGGGUAUCCUCCAAGCAGCUCUGCUUCGGACAACCCUCAAGGACUCCUCGCUCAGCGCCCUGUCAUUCGUCGGCAGUCUCGGUGUAGUCUUGGGUCCUGCACUCGGAAUACCGGCUAUCCGAAUCGUCCGUGUCAUCGGAGCUCGUGUAGGCAUGACCCUCGGCAUUUCCAUCUACGGCCUUGGCUGCCUGGCGAACAGCUGGGCUGUCGGCAGUCUCGUCGGCUUGUUCUUUGCCUGUGGAGUGUCAUACGGCAUUGGAUCAGCCUUCACAGACACCUUGUACAACACACUUCCAGUCUUGUAG